AUGGCCAAGAUCCAAGCCCAACCAUUCCGCCUGGCUCUCUGCCAACUCGCUCCUUCCACAGCCAACAAGCAAGAAAACAUCGCAACCGCCCAGCGAGCCGUCAAGGCCGCCGCUGCCUCCACCCCCAAGCCGGACCUUAUCGUCCUUCCCGAAAUUUGGAACUCGCCUUACGCCGUACCGAGCUUCAGAGAGUAUGCGGAGCCUAUCCCUGCUGUGGGUGGAAAGGACGAGGGGGAGGGGGAGACGAUCAAGGCGAUGAGGGAGAUGGCGAGGGAGGCGGGGGUAUGGUUGAUUGGAGGGAGUAUACCGGAGAUUGAAGCCAGUACUGAUUCCAUCUACAACACGGCGACGGUGUAUGAUCCGCACGGCAACAUCGUGGCGAAACACCGCAAGGUCCACCUCUUCAACAUCAACAUCCCUGGCAAGCAGGUCUUUGAGGAAUCACAGACUCUCACGGCCGGCUCGAGCCUGACCACCUUCACCGCGCCCUUCGGCAAGAUUGGUGUAGGUAUCUGCUAUGAUAUCCGAUUCCCAGAGAUGGCUAUGGUCGCUGCUCGACAAGGCUGUAUAGCUAUGAUCUACCCCUCGGCGUUCAACGUCACUACAGGACCGAUGCACUGGACCCUUCUUCAAAGGGCACGGGCCGUCGACAACCAGAUGUACGUCUCGAUGUGCUCGCCUUCGCGCAGCCCCACCGCUUCGUAUCAAGCAUGGGGCCAUUCCAUGGUCGUCAACCCCCUCGGGGAAGUACUGUGCGAAGCGGAUGAGCACGAAGCCAUCUUGUACGCCGAUAUCGAUCCCAGCGCACUCGCCACAGUCCGCCAGAAUAUCCCAGUCACCAAUCAACGGCGAUUCGACGUGUACCCAGACGUCGCAAAGUAA